CUAGACUCACCCUCGUAUUUCCAAUGAUGGAUAUCCCUUUGUCAGAUCAGCUAACAGAUUAGCAAAGGCGGAAUAAUUUGGGAUAAAGCAGCGAUAAUAGCCACAGAACUCUAGGAAUUCUCUCAACUUGGUCGGACGUGGCCAGUUCUUUACAGCCCUCACUUUUUCAGGAUCGGUGGCCACUCCAUCCCUGCUGACAAUGUGCCUCAGUGUAAACACAAUGAGUCGACCUAAGGCACCUGCUAUACGUCGGCCCAGUACUGCUGCAAAAUCAUCAGGCCAUCCGCCUCCAGGGGAUUUUAUUGCUCUGGGCACCAAGGGCCAAACGAGUGACUCUAAAGCCCCAACCAAUAUUCUGAAGCCAGCGGCUUCUGGAUUGCCCUCUGAAAGGAAGCGUGAGGCCACAGCUGCUUUAGCCAACACUUCCGGAUUGACUGGGCUCACAAAACGCCCCAAACUCUCAUCCACUCCGCCUUUGAGUGCCUUAGGGCGAUUAGCUGAAGCUGCAGUAGCAGAGAAGAGGGCUAUCUCUCCAUCUAUCAAGGAGCCAUCUGUUGUCCCAAUUGAAGUCGCUCCGGCCUCCCUGCUGGAUGACAUUGAAGCAUCUGAGCAAGAUGGAAACGACGAUCGUAUUGAAGGUGUGCUCUGUGGGGCCGUAAAGCAGCUGAAGCUGAACCGUGCAAAGCCCGACCCCACAUUGUACUUGAGUUUGAUGUUUUUGGCAAAAAUUAAACCCAAUAUAUUUGCAACUGAAGGAGUAAUUGAGGCUUUGUGCAGCUUACUACGAAGAGAUGCCACAAUUAAUUUUAAAGCCAAAGGAAAUAGCUUGGUGUCAGUCCUAUCCUGCAACCUCCUGAUGGCGGCCUAUGAAGAAGAUGAGAACUGGCCAGACAUUUUUGUUAAGGUGUACAUAGAAGACUCUUUAGGAGAGAGGAUUUGGGUGGACAGUCCUCACUGUAAGAUAUUUGUUGACAACAUUCAGACUGCAUUCUGCACAAAAAUGCCUCCAAAGAGCAUGGCACUUCAGGGAGAAGCUGGACGAAUAGCAGGAGACCUCAGCGCUGGCAACAGUCCUCACCCAUCCAUGACGGAGGAAGAAGACAGCCAAACAGAGCUGCUUAUUGCAGAGGAAAAACUGAGCCCAGAGGAGGAGGGCCAGUUAAUGUCACGGUAUGAUGACUUGGCAGAGGGUGUGGAGGAGUAUGUACUAGACAUGCUAAAAGAUCAGCUCAAUCGGCGGCAGCCCAUGGAUAAUGUCUCAAGGAAUCUCCUCCGCCUGCUAACUUCCACCUGUGGCUACAAGGAGGUGCGACUUAUGGCAAUACAGAAGCUGGAGAUGUGGCUGCAGAAUCCAAAGCUGACUCGUCCAGCCCAGGACCUCCUCAUGUCUGUCUGCGUGAACUGUAACACUCAAGGCUCCGAAGAUAUGGAAGUCAUUUCUAACUUGAUCAAAAUCCGACUAAAGCCUAAAGUUCUUCUCAACCAUUACAUGCUCUCUGUGCGGGAGCUGUUGAAUGCUCACAGAGAUAACCUUGGCACAGUUGUGAAAUUUUUGAUCUUUAACGAGCUCUCCAAUGCCAGGAACCCCAACAACAUGCAAGUCCUGUACACUGUGCUGCAGCACAGCUCCGAGCAGGCACCAAAGUUCCUAGCCAUGGUUUUCCAAGACUUGCUUACAAAUAAAGAUGAUUAUCUCCGAGCCUCGCGCGCGUUACUGCGAGAGAUCAUCAAACAGACCAAACAUGAGAUCAAUUUCCAGGCCUUCUGCUUGGGGCUGAUGCAGGAGAGGAAGGAGGCUCCGUACACGGAUAUGGAGUUUAAGGAACGCUUUGUGAUCCACAUAACUGACCUGCUUGCUGUUUCCAUGAUGCUGGGGAUUACAGUUCAGGUGAAAGAAGCUGGAAUUGCCUGGGACAAAGGAGAGAAAAAGAGUUUGGAUGUCCUGCGCUCUUUUCAGAAGCAGAUUGCGGCCAUUCAGCGGGAUGCAGUAUGGUGGCUUCAUACAGUUGUGCCCUCUAUCAGCAAGCUGCCGCCGAAAGAUUACGUGCACUGUUUACACAAAGUCCUUUUUACAGAACAGCCAGAAACUUACUACAAAUGGGACAACUGGCCGCCAGAGAGUGACCGCAAUUUCUUUCUCCGCCUCUGCUCGGAAGUACCGCUGUUAGAAGACACUUUGAUGCGUAUACUGGUCAUUGGGCUCUCACGUGAACUCCCUCUCGGUCCAGCCGAUGCUAUGGAGCUGGCGGACCACCUAGUGAAACGGGCAGCAGCUGUGCAGGCUGACGACUUGGAGGUCCUCCGAAUUGAAAGGGAUCAACUAAUUGAUGCUGUAUUAAACCUCUGUACCUACCACCACCCUGAAAACAUUCAGCUUCCUGCGGGAUAUAAGCCUCCUAACCUGGCAAUUUCAACGUUAUACUGGAAGGCCUGGCCUCUCUUACUUGUUGUAGCUGCUUUUAACCCAGAGAACAUUGGUUUGGCUGCAUGGGAAGAAUAUCCAACUUUAAAGAUGCUUAUGGAAAUGGUGAUGACAAACAAUUACUCUUUUCCGCCAUGCACGGUGACAGAUGAAGAGACAAGGACUGAAAUCAUCAACCGAGAACUUCAGAUCUCUCAACGUGAGAAGCAGGAAAUUCUGGCAUUCGAGAGUCACCUGGCUGCAGCCUCCACCAAGCAAACGAUAACGGAGAGUAAUAGUCUGUUACUGUCUCAGCUCACCACCCUGGACCCACAGGGUCCUCCUCGACGCCCACCCCCUAAUGCCAUAGAGCAAGUUAAAUCCUUGAACCAGUCUUUACGUCUUGGUCACCUUCUGUGUCGUAGCCGGAAUCCUGACUUCCUUCUCAAUAUAAUUCAGAGACAGGCUUCCUCACAGUCUAUGCCCUGGCUUGCAGACUUAGUACAGUCCAGUGAAGGGUCCUUGGAUGUGCUGCCCGUGCAGUGCCUGUGUGAAUUCCUCCUUCAUGAUGCUGCUGAUGAGUCUGGAACAGGUGAAGAUGAUGAGGAGAAUGAGAGCAAGGAACAACGAGCCAAGAAACUUCAGUUCCAAUUUCAGAGGCAGCAGAAACAGAGGCAGCUUCUCAGCCGGCUUCAGGAUUUGCUAUUAGGUCCAAAAGCUGAUGAGCAGACCACAUGUGAGGUGCUGGAUUAUUUCCUGCGACGCCUCAGCUCACCCCAAGUCUCUUCACGAGUCCUGGCCAUGAAGGGUCUCUCCAUGGUGUUGACCGCUGGAGGUCUGCAGGAUGGAGAGGAGAAGGACCAUCCCAUGGAUGAAGACUCUGAAGGCUCUGAACUGAUUCCUGGCUACCAGUGGCUGCUUAGAGACUUGCCAAAACUACCACUCUUUGACAGUGUUCAAGGGACCACGGCAUUAGCAUUACAACAGGCUAUUCAUAUGGAGACUGACUUGCGAACCAUCAGUGCCUAUUUAGUGUACCUCUCCCAGCAUGCUCCGGUUGAAUACCAUGGCCAGCACAAUGAACUUGCUCUGGAUGUGGCUCGUCUUACGGUGGAACGCUCUACAAUAAUGGGCCACCUAUUCUCCAAGCUGUCUUACUGUCCUGAGUCCAACGCUGUUCUAGCUGCCCUGCUUUCCAUCUUCUCCUGCUAUGUCAGACGCAUGCGAAAGAGCAAGGAGGGGGAUGAUGUGUAUAACUGGUCUGAUCCGCAGGACCAGGUGUUCUUACGCUGGGUUACUGGAGAAACUGCCACAAUGCAUAUCUUAGUUGUCCAUGCCAUGGUUAUUCUCCUGACUCUUGGACCUCCUCGUGGUCAUAGUGACUUCUUCCUUUUGCUGGACGUUUGGUUUCCUGAUAAGAAACCUCUUCCCACAGCAUUCUUGGUGGAUACUUCAGAAGAAGCCUUACUGUUCCCUGAUUGGUUGAAACUCAGAAUGAUUCGCUCUGAGGUUCCACGUCUUGUUGAUGCUGCUUUACGUGACUUGGAGCCACAGCAGCUGCUACUUUUCGUCCAGUCUUUUGGGAUCCCGGUGUCCAGUAUGAGCAAACUGCUGCAAUAUCUAGAUCAGGCUGUGUCCCAUGAGCCUCAGUCACUGGAGCAAAACAUCAUGGACAAGAAUUACAUGGCUCAUCUAGUUGAGGUUCAACAUGAGAGGGGUGCUACCGGGGGCCAGACUUUCCAUAGUCUGCUAACAGCUCUGAUACCAGCGAGACGAGAGAGCACAGACGUUGUAAAAAGAAAGCCCAGCACUGAAGCUCCCCAGGGCCAGGUGCGAGCCAGAGGUCUCACUCAGAUUCCAGUACUGGGUCCAGAAGAUGACUUGGCUGGGAUGUUUCUGCAGCUGUUCCCCCUAAAUCCAGACCCCAGAUGGCAGAAUUCCAAUCCAAGACCCAUAUCAUUGGCUCUGCAGCAAGCUUUAGGCCAGGAGUUGGCUCGUAUUCGGCAGGGGAACACUCAGUUGACUGGUAUCGCAGUGCGUUUGCUGCAAGCAGUGGCGGCUCUACUCGGCUCUCCUCACAGCGGUGCCCUUGUUUUGGCCAUGCACAGGAAUCACUUCAUCUCUUGCCCAUUAAUGAGGCAGCUCUAUCAGUACCAGCGAUGUGUGCCCCAGGAUACGGCUUUCUCAUCGCUAUUCUUCAAAGUACUCAUGCAAAUGUUGCAGUGGCUGGACAGCCCGGGUGUAGAAGAAGGGCCACUUCGAGCACAGCUCAAGUCCUUUGCUGCACAGUAUUCCUCAAAGCACCGCAUCAGCGAUGUGCGCAGUGGAUUUUUGCACUUGGCAGAAGCUCUGGCAUUUUGUCAAGAACCAGAUAUGAUCAAUUCCACUCUCUGCGCUGUCAUUACUACUCUGAAGUCUGGAGAUAAAUGCAAUGUGGAACCUGAACUGAUCAGCAAAGUUCUCCAAGGACUGAUUGAAGCAAAAUCUCCCUACCUGGAAGAGUUUCUGACCAUCCUACUCUCCAUAACUGUUGAGACCACCUCCCGGUUCCCAGCCACUGGCCCGGUGGCUGUGGUGAGCUCUCUACUACUGCAGGAGCAAGAGGAGGUGCCCGGGAUGAAGGGAAGUGAGAACAGCAGCUCUGAAGCAGCUCGUGCCAGACACUCUUCUGGUCUCCUUAUAGACUGGCUGGACUUGUUAGAUCCUGAAGUUAUUAACAGCUGCCCUGAUCUGCAACAGAGGCUGUUAUUUUCAUGGAACAAGGUGAAAGGUGCCCCAAGGUCACAGGCUCCUACCUUCCGACCCUAUCUUCUGGCCCUUCUAACGCAUCAGUCAAAUUGGAGCACAUUACACCAGUGCAUUGGCAUCUUAUUGAGCAAACAUCGAGAACAGAGGUUUGACCCAUCAGCCUCUCUGGACUUCCUGUGGGCUUGUAUUCACAUACCUCGUAUAUGGCAAGGAAGGGACCAGCGCACACCACAGAAAGGGCGUGAGGAGUAUGUGUUGAAGUUGAAAGCAUCAGAGCUCAUUUGCCUUGUGGACCUUAUUAUAACAGAGUCUGAAACCAGGAGCCAGGGGCCAGAAGAAACCUCCUCCCCACUGAUCCAGUCUCGUCUGCCAUUACUAAUUAAUUGUUGCCACGGUAACCAGGAUAGCAUCAAAAAAGUUAUGGAGCAUUUGAUCAGCUGUAUAAAACGAUGGGGAAACAGUCCUUUGGGGAAACAUUGCCGGGACUUCCUUCUGCAGCUUUAUCUGCAGCUACCAGAACGGAUUUCUCCAGUGCCUGAAAUCUUGCUGACAAGCGAAGGGGCCACAGACAGCAAUACCUGCAAGAUGGAUGGUCUCAUACACCGUUUCAUUACACUUCUGGCUGAUACCAGUGACUGCAAGGAGAGUCGAAUGUCAGAUGCCAACAUGGCUUGUCGCAAACUCGCUGUGGCGCAUCCUAUCCUGCUGCUUAGACACUUGCCAAUGAUUGCAGUUCUGCUGCAGGGUCGGGUGCACUUGAAUUUCCAUGAGUUUCGGCAGCAGAACCAUCUAAUGUUCUUCACUCACAUCUUGGGCAUCCUGGAACUUCUACAGCCCCAGGUGUUCCACAGUGAGCAUCAGGAAGCCUUGUGGGACUGUCUUAUUUCCUUCAUCAAACUUCUACAGAAUUACAGGAAAUACUCCAGGCAGCUGGGUGGCUUCAUCAGUAAGUUUGUACAGUUCAUCCACAAGUACAUAACAUGUGAUGCUCAGGCAGCUGUGUCCUUCCUGCAGAAACACUCUGAUCCCCUACACGGCUUAUCAUCCGAGAACAACGAUCUGACAAUGCUCAAGUCUCUCCUAGCUGGACUGAGUUUGCCCAGCAGAGGUGGGACAUUGGAGAAGAGUGCCGAUGAAGACAAGGAAGAUGAGCCUUCUGCGGGUUCCCUUCCUCUGGUCAGUGUGUCUAUGUUCACACCUCUUACUGCUGCUGAAAUGGUUCCCUUUCUGAAAAGAAUCUCCCGUAGUCAGACAGUGGAGGACAUCCUGCAGGUCCUGAGCGACAUAGAUGAAAUGUCCCUGCGUAGGCCUGAAAUCCUGUCUUUCUUUGCUAGUGAUUUUCAGAGGCUUAUGAGCUCCACAGAGGAAUCAUGUCGCAAUAUGGCCUUCACUCUGGCCUUGCGUUCAAUUCAGUGUAAUCCCAGUAUUGCUGCAGACUUCCUACCUACAUUCAUGCACUGCCUGGGUAGCAGAGACUUUGAAGUGGUACAGACAGCACUGAGGAACCUGCCGGAGUACACACUUCUCUGCCAGGAGCAUGCAGCCGUACUUCUCCACAGAGCUUUCCUGGUUGGUAUGUAUGGACAGAUGGACACCAGUCCCCAGAUUUCCGAAGCAUUGAAGGUCCUUCAUAUGGAGGCAAUAAUCUGAACGCAGACAGCACAAAGGAAUGAAAUGGACCUCUGACAUAAUGGACUUUUAACAAUCUGGACAGUGUCCAUCACGUAAACAGCCAACGUUACCACGUCAUUUACAUUGUUUUUUAUAUUAAAAAUAGUCUGACUUGA